GACUAAUUGGCUGGGUGUUGUGCCUUACGUUGUUCCAGCACUCAAAUUUUCCAUUCAGUAUCUGUGUAGUGCUUCAAGCGAAUUGGUUGACAUUUCUGAAUCGACUUUUUCAACACCAAACCCAAAAACAAAUCAACAAAAUGACCACCUACUUCAACUACCCAUCCAAGGAAUUGCAGGAAGAGCUUAGCCGCAUUGCGCGCGCUAUUGUCGCUCCUGGCAAGGGUAUUCUCGCUGCUGAUGAAUCCGUCUCUACCAUGGGCAAACGUUUGCAGGAUAUUGGUGUUGAAAAUACCGAUGAACAUCGUCGCCAAUACCGUCAGCUGUUGUUCUCCACUGACCCAAAGGUCGCUGACAAUAUCUCUGGUGUUAUUUUAUUCCACGAAACCUUGUACCAGAAGGCUGAUGAUGGCACUCCAUUCGUUGAGCUGUUGAAGAAGCGCGGCAUCAUUCCCGGCAUUAAGGUCGAUAAGGGUGUUGUGCCAUUGUUCGGCUCCGAAGAUGAGUGCACUACUCAGGGUUUGGAUGACUUGGCUGCCCGUUGCGCUCAAUACAAGAAGGACGGUUGCGAUUUCGCUAAGUGGCGUUGCGUCUUGAAAAUCGGCAAGAACACACCAUCCUACCAAUCGAUCUUGGAGAAUGCUAAUGUUUUGGCACGUUAUGCCUCCAUCUGUCAAUCCCAACGUAUUGUACCAAUUGUUGAACCAGAAGUAUUGCCCGAUGGUGAUCAUGAUUUGGAACGUGCACAAAAAGUUACCGAAACUGUAUUGGCUGCUGUUUACAAGGCAUUGAAUGAUCAUCAUGUCUACUUGGAGGGUACCUUAUUGAAACCAAACAUGGUGACAGCCGGUCAAUCGUGCGCAAAGAAAUACACACCCGAUCAGGUUGCGCUCGCCACUGUCGAAGCUCUCCGCAGAACUGUACCAGCUGCUGUGCCCGGUAUCACCUUCUUGUCUGGCGGUCAAUCUGAGGAAGAGGCUUCCGUUCACUUGAACGCCAUUAACAAUGUGCCAUUGUUGAAACCAUGGGCUUUGACCUUCUCAUACGGUCGUGCUCUGCAAGCUUCCGUCUUGCGCGCAUGGGGCGGUAAGAAGGACAAUGUUGGUGCUGGUCAAAAUGAGCUUUUGAAACGCGCGAAGGCCAACGGUGAUUCUGCUGUGGGCAAAUAUGUUGCCGGUAGUGUGGUCGGUGCUGGUGCCGAUGCUACCCUCUUCGUUGCCAACCAUGCCUAUUAAAUGCUGACAACAACAACAACAAAUAAAAGCACAAAAUAGUAAAUGGUGCAAGAAUGCUAUGAACUAGAGAGGAUAUACAGGCUUUCGUAAAUAGUAAUGAGAAUGAUUAUUGUUUGAAAUUUAUUUAUUAAGCAGAAAGUGACGAAAAUUCAGCAAUAGAAAUUCAAAUAAAAUAUAAAUUAAAAAAAAAAACCAAACAGCAACAAAUAUCAUUUAAUUCGUAUGUGAGGAAUGAAGCCGGCGGAACAGUAGCGCUUGUAAUGGUAAAAAUUUGGUACGACGAAGGAUACACCACGCUGCCUCUUCCCUCCCACCUGAUAUUAAAACGCAACAAAAACAUUUCAUGUAUGACUUAUGAACAACAACAAUAAUGAAAAGAGAAAUAUAUAUUAAUUGUUUCCUACUACUGUUUCGGAGCGAUUGAUUAGAAAAACAAAAAACAAAAAAAAAAAAAAUGGAGCAAUUCCAUUUAUCAACACUCAGUUCAUCAUGGCUGCGGCGGCGAAGGCGCUAAUAAAUUAAUUAAAGAAGAAAUUAUGAAAUUGUAUUGUUGCUGUUACAAUAAACAAAUUUAUUAUCAUUAUGUAUAUGUUUAAGUGAAUAUUUAGAAGAAAUCAAGUUGAGAGUUGAUACAAAUUUAGACAAGAUGAAA